AUGCAUCAAUACAAAAAUUCUGAGGAAUUCAUUGUUUUUGUUUUUCAGUUGUACAACACGUUCCCAUGGCUGAUGCGCAGAUUACCUGGUCCACACAAAAAAAUAUUAUCCCACUGGGCAAUUGUGAUUGACUUUAUAAAGCUAAAAAUUAAGGAGCACAAGGAGGACUGGGACCCUUCGACUCCGAGAGACUACAUUGACAGCUUCUUUUCUGAGAUGGAAAAGUGGAAAGAUGAUGCUGAAGCAGGUUUCAAUGAGGACAACCUGUGUUUCUGCACUCUGGACCUGUUUGCUGCUGGGACAGAAACAACAUCAACUACACUGAUCUGGGCUUUGCUGUAUAUGAUUAAAUACCCAGAAAUACAAGAGAAGGUACAAGCAGAAAUAGACCAAGUACUUGGACCCUCACGUCUGGCAACCAUGGCAGACAGAGCCAAUAUGCCCUACACUGAUGCUGUUAUUCAUGAGAUACAAAGGAUGGGUAACAUCGUACCACUGAAUUUGGUGCGUCUGACGACAAAAGACACCACACUGAGAGGAUACACAUUGCCCAAGGGUACUAUGGUGAUGGUAACAUUACACUCUGUGCUUUAUGAUGAAACUGAGUGGGAGACUCCUUUCACAUUUAAUCCUGGCCAUUUCCUGGAUGCAGAGGGGAAGUUCAGAAGACGAGAUGCCUUCUUGCCUUUCUCAGCUGGCAAGAGGGUGUGUCUUGGGGAGCAGCUGGCACGGAUGGAGUUGUUCCUGUUCUUCACCUCCCUUCUCCAGCGGUUCACAUUCUCUCCACCCCCUGGUGUGGAGCCCACCCUGGAGUCCAAAGUGGGAGUCACCCACAGCCCUAAGCCAUACAAGUUGUGUGUUGUACCCUGCUGA